AUGAGCUCCACAGUGGCUGCCUCCAUUGUGCCUGUGGCUGUGACAGCCUCCAAGAAGGAGUCUCCAGGAAGAUGGGGGCUCGGAGAGGAUCCAACAGGUGUGGGCCCCUCACUGCAGUGCCGAGUGUGCGGGGACAGCAGCAGUGGGAAACACUAUGGCGUCUACGCCUGCAACGGCUGCAGUGGCUUCUUCAAGAGGAGCGUGAGACGGAGGCUCAUCUAUAGAUGCCAGGUGGGAGCAGGAAUGUGCCCGGUGGAUAAGGCCCAUCGCAACCAGUGUCAGGCCUGCCGGCUAAAGAAGUGCCUACAAGCAGGCAUGAACCAAGAUGCUGUGCAGAAUGAGCGGCAACCCCGAAGCAUGGCCCAGGUCCACCUGGAUAGCAUGGAAGCGGGUAGCGACCCACGACCAGAACCCGUGGUGGCCUCCCCAGCCCUAGCAGGGCCCGGUCCCCGGGGCCCCACAUCUGCGUCUGCAGCCAGAGCCAUGGGCCACCACUUCAUGGCCAGUCUCAUCACUGCCGAGACUUGCGCUAAGCUGGAGCCGGAGGAUGCGGAAGAGACUAUCGAUGUCACCAGCAAUGACCCCGAGUUCCCUGCAUCCCCCUGCAGUCUGGAUGGCAUCCAUGAGACAUCAGCUCGCCUCCUCUUCAUGGCAGUCAAGUGGGCCAAGAACUUGCCUGUGUUUUCCAACUUGCCCUUCCGGGACCAGGUGAUCUUGCUGGAAGAGGCGUGGAACGAACUUUUCCUCCUGGGAGCCAUUCAGUGGUCCCUGCCUCUGGACAGCUGCCCACUGCUGGCACCACCCGAGGCUUCUGGCGGCUCUCAGAGCAGGCUGGCCUUGGCCAGCGCAGAGAUGCGCUUCCUGCAGGAAACCAUCUCCCGGUUCCGUGCGCUAGCAGUGGACCCCACAGAGUUUGCCUGCAUGAAGGCCCUGGUCCUCUUCAAACCUGAGACACGAGGCCUGAAGGAUCCUGAGCACGUGGAGGCUUUGCAGGACCAGUCCCAGGUGAUGCUAAGCCAGCAUAGCAAGGCUCACCACCCCAGCCAGCCCGUUAGGUUUGGGAAAUUGCUGCUCCUGCUCCCGGCUUUGAGGUUCAUCACUGCUGAGCGCAUCGAGCUCCUCUUCUUCCGAAAGACCAUCGGGAACACUCCAAUGGAGAAGCUCUUAUGUGACAUGUUCAAAAACUAG